CUACUAAUUAAAGUAAUUACCCAAACCAAAGAACUCGGUUUGGUUCUUUCUGUCAAGACUCAAGACCCUUUCUUUAUGUUCUGUCCCUACCGAUAAAACAAGCAAAUAAUUUUCUCGAAGGUCUCCUACUCUACUUAGAAUACAAGUCGACCCAAACUUCACGGGGGAAUGCUACCCAAUCCCAGUCUUCCUCUCCUUUUCUAACUACCUUCAACAAUCCAAUGGCCCAGACCCUUUAACCUUCAUUCAAGAUUUCGUUGCCUACUUCUUUUGACUUGUCAUAUCACCGCUGAAACACCUAGCUUUCUGUUUUUUUUCUUCUUCUUCUUCUUCUUCUUCUUCAUCUUAUUUUUGAUUCUCGUAUUAUCACAGUUUUCUUGAUCAGUAGCAACCACACAACUUUUGACAGAAACAGAAACCCAAAAAGAAAAAGGAAAAAAAAAAAAAAUGGUUCCACAGACGGUUGAUUUGUUAAAGGAGCAGAUGCCGGUGCACCAGGAAUCUCUACUAGUCACCGGCGACGUCAAGACCGGCCUUGUCCUCGUCGACGUCGUUAACGGCUUCUGCACCGUCGGCGCUGGCAACUUGGCUCCAAGGCAACCGGACAAGCAGAUCUCGGAGAUGGUGAAGGAGUCGGUAAGUCUUGCCAGGGUUUUCUGUGAGAAGAAAUGGCCUGUUUUUGGUUUUCUUGAUUCUCAUCACCCUGAUAUUCCUGAGCAUCCUUAUCCUCCUCAUUGCAUUGCUGGUACUGAUGAAUCAAAGCUCGUUCCAGAGCUGCAGUGGUUGGAGAGUGAACCUAAUGUGACACUGCAGUGUAAAGAUUGCAUUGAUGGGUUUCUUGGUUCGAUUGAGAAGGACGGUUCCAAUGUGUUUGUAAAUUGGGUUAAGAGCAAUCAGAUCAAAACUAUCUUGGUGCUAGGGAUAUGCACAGAUAUAUGUGUGCUGGAUUUUGUAUGUAGCACUUUAUCUGCGAGAAAUCGUCGUUUUCUUGAACCUCUGGAGGAUGUGAUAGUGUAUUCCCGUGGUUGUGCAACCUUUGAUCUUCCGGUUGAUGUUGCCAAAUCUAUGAAAGAUGUUGUAGCACAUCCCCAGGAUCUAAUGCAUCACAUAGGCCUUUACAUAGCCAAAGGAAGGGGAGCAAAGGUCGUGUCAGAAGUGUCAUUUGGUGCAUAAGAGCAAUGAUCUUGACCAAACUGUGGAUUGGCAUUCAGGCUUUCUCUUUUCCCAGGGGUGUCUUUUCUCAGUAUGUGAAUAGAUGUUCUCUAUACUUUGGUUCUCUUAAUUAGAUAGCUCAAAUGUUGGGGAAAUAAGAAAGAGAAGCGAUAGCUCAUAGUGGUAGGAAAGCUCUAUGAGGAUGUAUAUAAAAGCUUUACAUUUUCAUUUCAGUUUGGUGAAUAAUAAGGCUAGACUGGGCCACAUUAUGUAAUUCAUCUUUUUGUGUACUGGUAGCCUGGAACUUCAAGAGUUUCAUGGUGAUUUAUCAGAUGUUCACCCACAGAAUGCAAGAAAACUUCCAGCUA